AUGGCUUUUCAAGAUUGGGACCUUAUUACAAAUGAAAUUACAAUAGCUUUUCAAGAUUGGGUAGAUAUGUUAAAUCCGAUAUUUGAAUUAAAUAAUAAUCAAGAUGAACCUAUUUUGGCUAAAGAAGAUGUAAAUAUGAAUUUUAAAAGUAGUUUUUUGGUCCAAGAUAUGUCAAGUGAUAGUGAUUUAGCAAAACCAUCAUCAAUAUCAAAAAAAAUUAUAGUUAAAGAGAAUGAAUAA